AUGAAUGUUUGUUCUCAGAUCGGGUGGCGAACCACCAACGCAUGGAUGGCGGGUAACCUGGCGUGCAAGUUCUUCCUCGUGCUGCGGGCCUUCGGCCUUUACCUCUCCUCGAACAUACUCGUCUGUAUAUCACUCGACCGGUUUUUUGCAGUCCUGUAUCCAUUGAGGUUGGCGGUCGCCAGGUCACGAAGUAAGACAAUGCUGUGUUUUGCGUGGUUCAUCGCCUUAUUCUGCAGCUUACCACAGAGUCUCGUGUUCCGCGUGCUCCGGCACCCGGAGGUGCCCGAGUUCCAGCAAUGCGUGGCGUUCGACGCCUUCCCGAGCCACGGCCAGGAGCUGGCGUACAACGUGUUCUGCCUCUGCGCCAUGUACUUCCUGCCGCUGCUCAUCAUCACAGUCUGCUAUGGGUGCAUUUUCUACGAAAUAUCUAAGAAUUCUAAGGAGAUAUCAGAUAAAAACGUCUCAGACCACAGCCGCAUCCAACUACGUCGUUCGGAUCGGCGGCCGCUGGCGCGAGCGCGGCGGCGAACGCUGCGCAUGACGGUCACCAUCGUGGCCGUGUUCGCGUGCUGCUGGAUGCCCUACGCCACAAUGACUUUAUGGUACAUGGUGGACCGGCAGUCGGCCAAGCAUGUGUCAGCCCGGCUACAGGACCUGUUCUUCGUCAUGGCAGUGUCCAACUCGUGCAUGGACCCCCUCGUGUACGGGACCUACGCGUUGAACCUAAAGGCCAUCUUCACAAAGACGUUUAAGAAAAUCUUCUGCAUACAUGCCGCUAGCAAUGAGAUCACACGUAAGUUUGAUAUUAUAUGUUGGUACGACCCGGACCGAGGGUCACAACCCCUAUCCCUCAGCCUCCGGCCCAAAUCCCCUACAGAUUUGGCCUCCACUAAGGUCCCGCAAUCUCAACUGCAACUGGCACAAACUCGUAAAUUGGCUCCAGGGGCAGAGUAA